ACACAAACACACAUACCAGCCUAUGCGUUAUUGUAGUCCUCGGUCACUCCACCUGCAUGCUACGUGAGCCAGGUGAGUGUAAGCACUAGGAGUGGGUGUGGUGUGGUUCUCACAGUGUGUAUGGCCUCCUACAUAUAGGCCAGAGAGAACUGGUGCGGCAGCUUUUGGUUUACACAAAGCAGCAGCAGCAGCGGGACGGCUGGAGUCUGUCUGGUCCUGGAUUUAUCUCUCAGCAGGAGAUUUCAGGGGAUCUCACGUCGGCUGCUAAGCUUGCAUGAUGAGCUUUAAGAACCUCCGGGAGUACCUGGCCUGGCUCUACUACCAGUACCUGCUCAUCACCGGCAUCUACGUGCUGGAGCCCUGGGAAAAGUCCAUCUUCAACUCCAUCCUCUUCUCCGCCAUCGCCAUGGUGAUCUACACCUCUUAUGUCUUUGUGCCCAUCCACGUGCGCCUCGCACUUGAGUUUUUCUCUGGGAUCUUUGGAGGCCAGCCUGAGAGCACCAUGGCGCUCAUGAACUAAAACAUGGAGGAAAUAUGGAGGAAAGAGAGGCAGCGACCGGGUGGAUCGUCAGGAAAUCAGAGCCUUACUAUCUUCUUUACAUCCCAAACCCUCUGGCCUUACCGCACGGUAUUAGACACACGACUGUGCAUCACUUUCACGUCCUCGCUGUGAAACGUCUUGUAAAACGUUGUUUGUCCUGAUUGUUUUUGUCUUCCUCACCAUGUGACCUGUGUGAGUGCAGACCUGCUCUGGGUCUUGCAUGAUGGGUCGUUCAUGGGUAGAACAUUUGCAUGCUCGUCUCACUACAAAAAUACUGCUAGAGUCUCAGUUUUAAAGGGGCAGUCCGGCGAAGUAGUUUGUAAAAAGAGAGUGAUCGUAAUCAAAGCAGCUUUUUAAAACCCUAAAACAAUUCAUCCUACAUUUCCCACAAUACAACUUGAUAUUUUGUGUAUUUUGGCACCUUUAAACACCCCAAAUUUGGGCUAUUAUCCGA